AUGAAGAGCUACACAGAGCUCGAAGGGGAGCAGGGCUGCCGUGUGCCCCUGUCCAUCGGAGUUGCCGUAGAGGACUUCGACAAGAAAGGCGAGCCCUGCGUGACCUAUGACGUGGUGGCUAAUCCAAAGGUCGUGGAGGAAUGCUCCGCAGAGCCAGCGUUCCGAGAACAGGUGGUGCAGCUGUGCCUAGCUGCUGUGUCUCAGAAGUACAAACUGCAGCUCGAUCAAAGGUUCAAGCUGCCAAAGAUCAAGUACAAGGGGACCACAGUGCAGCUUCAAAGAAUACGAAAGAAGAAGGAGUCGCAGAUCCAGGAGAUGCCGGAGAAUACCUCCGCUCCCCAGCCUGGAACCAGUGCCCAGAGGCGCGCAGCCGGCGAGUCCGCCGUGCGGGGUGGCCGAGCAGAUGGCCCGCAGCCUCCAGACUUUUGCGUUUACUACGCGCUGCCCGAGAGUCAGCCCUUGGAGGACAUCUUUGAGAGAGACUGGGGAUCGCCCCCGGAUGAUGUGGAGGAAGCAGCCAAGGUGACAUACCUUUAUGGCUUCGACCUUCCCUGCUAUCGGGUCAACACCUUCCAGGAAAAGAUCCGGGGCACCAUGAGGAACAAGGCUGACAGGCAGAAGGAUGAGGAAGCGGAAGAGGGCGAAGUAGACGCCGUGGCGCGAGCUAGAAAGGCCCGCUUUGAUGACUCCAAACUGAAAGGCUUCAAGAUGGUUUCGCGAGAGAUGUAUGCGGGAAACAACCGGUCUCCAAAGGAGCUCAUGACACCGAUCAUGUGA